AGGAAGCGGAAGUCCUCCGAGGUGUCAACACCAGUGAGAGUAGAGCUACGAAGAAAACUGCUGCUUAUAACAUCUUGCAAAUUGAGACACCAGUACUAUCCACUAACAGCAUCGUGGUGCCUUGUUUCAAAUCUGACAAGUAUUGAAAAAAAUACGGUAGUCCGUCGUUUAGCAUCAAUAUCGAUUUCCUUACCAUUUGGGAACCGAAAGAUGGAAGACGGAGACGUUAGAGCUUGUAUCGAGAAUAGAAAGAGCAGGAGACGACAAAGAUCUCAUGAAUCAGGAGAUUCGGAAGCUGAAGAGGGAAAGUAUAAGCAUAUAGCACUUAAUGUCCUAAAGAACAGUGAACGAAUGAAAUCUUGCUCACGAUCAUUGUGUGCUCAAGGAUACAAUUGCAAUAAUUUUGACAAAAGAGGACGAUGCAUACAUGAGCAACCGGAUGCAUUUUGUAAAUGUGUUUGCGAAUCCACAAAGGAAGCACCAUGCGGAGGUCCAACGUUCAUAAACGAUUGCUGUUGCGCAGUUAGUAAUCCUACUUUUACUUGGUUAUGGGAUGGUGAGAAUGCGAAACAAUCUGGAGAGUCGUCUGUCUAUCUUAGCCAUGAAAAAAAAAUGGUCAUUUUCCAUAUGAAUUAUAGCCGUGGAACGGCUGCAAUAAAAGGAGAUACGUUUAUGACAGAAGGACAGCACUUCUGGGAGAUUAAAAUGAUGAGUUCAGUAUACGGAACAGAUAUGAUGGUUGGUGUAGGAACAGAGAAAAGCAAAACGGGUGGAUAUGAAUCGUCAUUCGUCAGCUUAUUAGGUAACGAUACAGAAAGUUGGGGAUACUCGUAUUUGGGAUAUUUAAAACACGACCGUGCGGAGCAUAGGUAUGGAGUGGGAUUUGGUCAAGGAAGCAUAAUUGGAAUUCAUUUAGAUUUAUGGCAUGGGACCUUAUCCUUUUACAAAAAUCGUUAUCCCCUUGGUAUAGCAUUUGUAAAUUUACACGGAUUGAAUCUUUGUCCAAUGGCUAUGUCAACGGCGGCCAGAAGUGCCAUGAAAAUAGUACAAUCGCAAAGUUCGCAUACCACGUUAUUCUAUUUUUGUUGCACAAGAAUUCGAAGGUGUUUUGCGCCCGAAUCUGACUGCUUAGAAUUACUCAAACCUUAUCUACCUCCGGGAUUGUACAAAUUGCUGACAGAAAAGUAUUAUUGGAUAUUUCAAAAAUCGUGCAUUUUCAAAGACGAUAUAACUUCCCCACGGAAAAGGAGUAAUACAUUAAGGAGUGAAGAUAAGUCUUUUACACCUGAAACGAAAAAGAAUAGAAAAAUUGACGAAAUUUUUGACAGUGAUGAAGAACUGGGGCAAUAA